AUGCUAUGCAACGAUGCGGCAGAUGGAGGCGAUUCGGCCGACGGAGGCGAAGCAACGGGACGGCUGACGGAGACGAUGCGAUGCGGAUGGAGGGCCAUGGGCAGGUAUUGUGCAAGAGCCUGUGAAACGGCGGUGGAGAUGGAUAUGGUUGGGGGAAGGGAUUUGCAUUUACAUUUUGUGGGGCUUUUGAUUGAAAAUUUGAUAAUUCUUAGGGGGACCUAUGGUUUCUGUCCGACGCUCGUCGCCACGUCAUCAUCGUCGGCAUCUUCAUCGCCCAGCCGCUGCGACUUGGAGCUCCACGAACUCGGUGAAGAUGACCACUGCUUGAAAGAAGCUUCAAACAAGCUGUUCGCCGGAACUAGGAAAUCGAACACGGCGAUUGCGGAGGCGGCCAAUUUCGUGAUGAUUCCGGUGGCAAUGGUAUGUCGGCGACCAGGUUCGUGGUGCUUCCAGCGGCAGCGUAUGAACCAGUUGCUAUGGCGGGUUGGUCGCUGGGGGGCCGGGGGCCGACAGCGUUCGUCGGCGGUUCUCGACGGUGGCGGCGGAUGGUUGGUGUCUGUGGGAAGCGGCGGGAAUCGCAGGUGA